AUGGGCCUCCUCUCAAAGCUCACCCACCACCACGAAGAGAAGAAAGAAGAGCACCACCACGGCCAUGAGCAGCACCACGGCCACGGACACCAACAACCAAUGGGCGGCCCCGGCGGAAUGAGCGGUCCUGGCGGAAUCAGCGGUCCUGGCGGCUUUGGUCAGGGGCAGGGACAGAUGGGGAUGGGUGGCCCUGGUGGUGGUCCCGGUGGCAUGCAGGGACCCCCUGGGGGCCAUGGACAUGGAGGUGGACACGGCAUGGGAGGUGGACAUGGAGGGCACGGGCACGGCGGGCCUGGGGGUCCUGGGGGCCCUGGUGGGCGCGGAGGGUUCUAA